CUGCUGAGAAAUGUGGGGUUUUCAUCACAGGAUGCUACUCUUCUACCCCGUAUCUGCAGUAGUCACUGUGUUUUUCCAUCUGUUGCGAAAUCCACUGGGCGAUCAGUCGGUAGAUGACCUCAGACUCCUCGAGUCCAUCCCGAACUUCGUGAGCGUGGACCGUGCCAGAAGUUCGAUCCCACCCCAUGGGCUCGACUUGAACACGGUUGAUGAUUUUGUGGCUGAGGUGAUCCGAUUGUCCAAGUGUGCUAUGACUAUGGCCGCCCACGUCAAGUAUCUUAGGUAGACCACAUGUGUGUUUGUCGAUGACGCUUAACAUCCUGAAGAGGUGGGAAUGAUCCGUGUUUGUAUGGGUCAACAAUAGGCACUGGCUUUGCUGGAUCUUAAGAAUGAAUGACACCAGUAGAUAAUGGACAACAACUUAGACAGACGAAACGCAAGCCGUCCACAACACCUCCUCAUAUGGCCCCACCGCCGAUGUCGGGUACCGCACUGGGCACGCGGCAGGCAGCCGAACCGGCCGAGUGGGUAUACUCCACUUUUGGCCAAGCGGCCGACGACUACCGCGAUACUAACAUCGACGAGGCUGUCGACGUCUAUCCGAACUUUGCGCCAGCGAUCCCGGGCCAGUUGAAGCGCCACUCUUGCUGGGACAGCCUCUCGUAUAACGUUGACUCAACCUGCACCUCCAAUUCAUCGGAGGUGCUGCUGGUCUGCUCGGCACUCUUACCCGGUCGUUUACGCGGGUCCGAGCCGGGGAUCCUUCCCAUCGCCCUCGGGACCUUGCCAUACCUUCACGGACGCUGCUGACGGCUACUGCCGUGGCGAGGGCUUAGGCAUUAUCGGGUGGUCCUGAAGUACCUAGCCGAUGUCAUCGCCGACGGAGAUACCGGGUUAGCUGUCGUCAGAGAUGCGUUCCGCAGCUGCUUGGCCGGGCGCCGUCUCUAUCACGUAUCCCAGCACCGCCAUGCAGCAGGACCCGUACCAUGAUCUACUGGCCCAGACUGGCAUUGCGGCCGCCCAGCUUGGCUACGUCGGAAUGCACGGCACU